AUGGCGCCCGCCAAGAGACUCAACAUGGAGACCAAAUGUGGGGCCGAGUCGGUGCCAGAGGAGCUGCGGAGCCUCGGGGCCUUCCCUCACCAGCACAGCCCCAGCGACCGGCCCGGCUACAGCGGCGUGGGGCUGCUCAGCAGGACCAAACUCCUGGCUGUCACCUAUGGCAUGGGUGACCCCGAGCUGGACGCCAAGGGCUGCGUGCUGACGGCCGAGUUCCCUGCCCUGCGUGUCGUCUGCGUCUACGUGUCCAACUCCAGGCGAGGCCUGGGCCGCCUGAGCUUCCGGCAGGCCUGGGACGAGCGCUUCCACUCCUUCGUGUCCCAGCUGGACCGGUCCAAACCGGUCGCCAUCUGCGGCGACCUCAACGUCGCCCACCAGCCCUUGGACCUGAGGAACCUGUCGGGGAACAAGAGGAGCCCCGGGUUCACGCGGGAGGAGAGGGAGGCGUUCGGGGAGCUGCUGGGGGCGGGCUUCCUCGACAGCUUCUGGGUGUUUAACCCCUCACUGCCCAACGCCUUCACCUUCUGGACCUACCUGAGCGGGGCCAGGAGGGGCAGGAAGGAUCUGUGCGACAGCAGGAUCGAGCAGCGGGCCAAAGGCAGCGACCACUGUCCCGUGGGGAUCUACCUGGCACUGGAGGGGGCAGGCUGA